AUGGUGGACGUCUACGAGUAUGAGGUUGUACUCGCCAAUGGCACAAUCGCCACUACCUCUCAGUCUUGCAAUCCGAAUCUCUACUUUGCUCUUCGCGGCGGCGGCAACAGCUUCGGCAUUGUUAUAGCCUUUACAUUUUGUACAUUUGCCCAAGGCCCUGUCUUUACCGGCAUGACAUCCUACGCUGCCAACCAGACCGAGCAAGUUCUCGACAAGGUUUACGAUUUGUACACGGACAAGCAUCUCACCAGCGAUCCAGAAAUGGGCUAUGACCUAUUCUAUAUAUACUAUACCUACGACUCUGGUAAUGACGAAUUUGGCCUGAGAGGCACGCAGCGCUAUGGAACGCCAGUUCAGAAUCCUCCUUUCUUCCAUUCCAUUGAUCAAAUCCCUCCGUUGAGAAGGACCACCACCAUAAGCACCAUGAGCCGUGUGGUGAACGGGUCUCUCCCACUGGGUACUAUGCGGGUCUUCGGGAUUUUCAAGCAGGAAGUGGAGGCCAUCCAGACCGUACCAGGUCUGGUUCCAAACUUCAUUUGCUACCCUUUGCAGAGGAAUGCCAUCGCAGCCAUGAAGCAAAGACGAGGUAAUGCUCUGGGUAUUGAGCGCGAUGAACCACUUUUGAGUAAUGUACCUUCUAGCUAA